GGUGAGGGAUACCGGGUGCCUGAAGAUCCCGGUGAAUCUUGUGUUUCACAGACUCAGAAGAAAAGUCGGGUGGUUUUUCAUCCGCUAAUAGUCAGGUUUUGGGGGCAGUGGGAAGCAGGAGUUGGGACAUGGACAGCCGCUUGCAGGAGAUCCGGGAGCGGCAGAAGUUACGGCGACAGCUCCUUGCACAGCAGUUGGGAGCAGAAAGUGCCGAUAGCAUUGGUGCUGUGUUAAAUAGCAAAGAUGAGCAGAGAGAAAUUGCUGAAACAAGAGAAACUUGCAGGGCUUCCUACGACACCUCUGCUCCAAAUGCGAAACGUAAGUAUCAGGAUGAAGGAGAGACAGAUGAAGACAAAAUGGAAGAAUAUAAGGAUGAAUUAGAAAUGCAACAGGAAGAAGAGAAUUUGCCUUAUGAAGAAGAGAUUUAUAAAGAUUCUAGUACUUUUCUUAAGGGAACGCAGAGUUUAAAUCCCCAUAAUGAUUACUGCCAACAUUUUGUAGACACUGGACAUAGACCUCAAAAUUUCAUCAGGGAUGUAGGUUUGGCUGACAGAUUUGAGGAAUACCCCAAACUGAGGGAGCUCAUCAGGCUGAAGGAUGAGUUAAUAGCUAAGUCAAACACUCCUCCGAUGUACUUACAAGCAGAUAUAGAAGCCUUUGACAUCAGAGAACUGACACCUAAAUUUGAUGUGAUUCUUCUGGAACCCCCUUUAGAAGAAUAUUACAGAGAAACUGGCAUCACUGCUAAUGAAAAAUGCUGGACUUGGGAUGAUAUUAUGAAGUUAGAAAUUGAUGAGAUUGCAGCCCCUCGAUCAUUUAUCUUUCUCUGGUGUGGUUCCGGGGAGGGAUUGGACCUUGGAAGAGUGUGUUUACGCAAAUGGGGUUACAGAAGAUGUGAAGAUAUUUGUUGGAUUAAAACCAAUAAAAACAAUCCUGGAAAGACUAAGACUUUAGAUCCAAAGGCUGUCUUCCAGAGAACAAAGGAACACUGUCUUAUGGGGAUCAAAGGAACUGUUAAGCGUAGCACAGAUGGGGACUUCAUUCAUGCUAAUGUUGACAUUGACUUGAUUAUCACAGAAGAACCUGAAAUUGGCAAUAUAGAAAAGCCUGUUGAAAUUUUUCAUAUAAUUGAACAUUUUUGCCUUGGUAGAAGACGCCUUCAUCUAUUUGGAAGAGAUAGUACAAUUCGACCAGGCUGGCUUACAGUUGGACCAACUCUUACAAAUAGCAACUAUAAUGCAGAAACCUAUGCAUCCUACUUUAGUGCUCCUAAUUCCUACUUGACUGGAUGUACAGAGGAAAUUGAGAGACUUCGACCAAAAUCACCUCCUCCCAAAUCGAAGUCCGAUCGGGGAGGCGGAGCUCCCAGGGGCGGAGGAAGAGGUGGAACUUCUGCUGGCCGCGGCCGAGAAAGGAAUCGAUCUAACUUCCGAGGCGAAAGAGGUGGUUUUAGGGGGGGCCGUGGAGGAGCACACAGAGGUGGCUUUCCACCUCGGUAACUUUUUAAGACACUGAUCUGUUAAUGCUCUAUAUCUUCUUCACUGUAGUUUGAUUUCCAACUGGGGGACUUUGUUUAGCAUUCAGUUCCAGCUUGCACUUUGCUUUAACUUCUCUAA